CCUGAGCUUUGAGCUAUUUUAGGACGGUAGUAUUAAGUUCGUUAACAGUUUGCUGUUUGCCAUGUGUGUUUGUGUGGAUGAGAAACCUUUGCGUGGUGCUCUGAAUAUUUUCCUGACCUUAUCACUGCUGACUACAGAUUCUGGAGCUGUAUUUACUUUUGGGAAAAGUGAGAUUGCUGACAAUGUGCCCAGUAAAUUUUGGCUGAAGAACGACAAACCUGUACAAAUUUCAUGUGGACAUUCGCACUCAGCCUUCGUGACAGAGCAGGGUCGUCUGUUUGUGUUUGGCAGUAACAACAGGGGCCAACUUGGUCUGGAAACUAAAGGCCCUAUAACCAAACCAGUCUAUGUGAAAGCCUUGAAAGGUGAGAGAGUUCAGUUUGCUGCCUGUGGGACCAAUCAUACUAUUGUAAGCACUUCACAGGGGGAGAUAUUUGCAACUGGAAGAAACAACGAGGGCCAACUUGGUUUAGGCCACUGUGAUGACAGAACCUCCUUUGAGCUGCUCCACCCAUUCUGUGAUCGUGCUCCAAUUAAACUGCUCUCUGCUGGAUGCAACACUUCAGCUGCACUGACAGUGGAUGGAAGGCUUUUUCUGUGGGGCGAUAAUUCUGUUGGUCAGCUUGGUCUGGGGUCAGAGAAACAUGUGUUGCUGCCACAAGAGCUGAAAGUAGGCCGUCCCAUUGUAUGUGUCUCGUGCGGAUCCAGUCAUUCAGUUGUAAACACUGACAUUGGGGAUGUAUUUACAUUUGGCGAGACUGCAGACGGUAGACUCGGCCUCUCUGCUGAGCAGCUGGUCAAUCACAGACAACCACAACAGGUGAGCACUCUGGAAGGGGUGCUACAGGUAGCAUGUGGAGGCACACAUACUCUAGCACUAACAGAGAAUAAAUUGUACGCAUUUGGUCGUGGUGAGUUUGGGCAGUUGGGUUUGGGAACAUUUGUCUUUCAGGCAGAUGUACCAGCUGCUGUUGGCCACUUCAGAAAAGGGAGGGUCACUUGUGUUGCCUGUGGAGAAAACCACACUGCCCUCAUCACAGAUAGUGGUCUCCUCUACACAUUUGGAGAUGGUCAUCAUGGGAAGUUAGGCCUUGGAGAUGAAAACUUCACCAAUCAGUUCACUCCAACUGUGAGCCAGCGCUUCCUUGACUACACUGUAAUGGCUGUUGCUUGUGGGUCCAGUCACACACUGGUAUUUGCACACUUGCGGCACCAAGAAAGUGAAGAUGUUUGUUUGGAAGAUGGAGAUGUCACCUACCCACGCCUAGACAGGUGUUAUACCUCAAUGUUGAUGGGACAGACAGUUGAGGAUGUCCAUGAACCUACAACCACACCUGUUUUACAGCCUUUUAUCUUCCCUGCCUCUCUACCUGCCUCUCAUCGCUGGAGCCUAUCAGCACGUUUUAGACGAAGACAGCGGGGUUCCUUAGAGCAAUUUGGGGCAUGCUUUCGCAAUCUUCCUCCUUUAGCAACAGGACUCGCCUCCCAAAACAUCCUUCUUCCCAAACCACCCCCAAGAACCUCCAAAAGACAUUCUUACAGACACCCCCACACAGAUGGAUCCACUGAGGCACUCAAUCAAAAUGAAACUUGUUGCAUCAAUAGUACUCCUUGCUCAUCUUCGGAACACAGACAGGAUUUCAGAGGUCCUCACAAAUUUAGUCCUUCCAACAAGCAAAUCCGGCUGAACUCUCACUCCCUUGAUUUGCCAUACCUAACUAUCUACGCUGAGCGGGCUCUCGUGUUUCUGGGCGGAGGAAGGCGGGCUUUGCUGGAGCAGGAAUUUGCCGGAGGGAUUCCCGCACUCCCGCACACUUUAAGAUGGAUACCUGGCUGUGCUUGUAUCUCCUGCUGGCACUACAGCUUUGCCACUGCUUCGCGUACGACGGGUCGGGGUACUGGCCCUACACCGAUGAUGAGGAUGUACGAUACACAGGUGUGCCAUGGUGUGCUCCUGUCAAGAUGAAGCAUGGCCAUGUGAGCUGCCUUACACCACAUGGGGAGCGUUACCAGAAUGUUCUUGCAACCCGAUGCAAGAUCCAGUGCAAGAGAGGCUACGAGCUGCAGGGAAGCAGCGAGAUCCUGUGCAUGGCCAGUAAACAGUG